AUCCAGUUCAUAGUGUGUUUGUGAGUUCAACCAGCUGGUCAUUACAGGAAUUACAGGAAGCUUUUAAAUCUCUAUGUCUUCUUUCUUUUGGGAACAUGACCAUUGUGAAUUUCUCCAUUGAAUAUGAUUCCAUCAAUAGCCGGAACAUCUUCACAAAUGGAGAUACAAUUAACGGACGGAUUAUUGUGGAGCUCUCUAAAGAUACUACAAUCCAGUCUCUCUCUUUUGUUGGAAAAGGAAGUGCAGUGGUUUGCUGGACUGAAGAUGUAAAUCACAGUCAAUUUGUUUCACAUAUUGUAUGUCACUACUGGUCUGGUGAAAAAUAUUAUGAUAUCAAACAACAUAUCUUGAGAGAUGGUAAUGAAACAUUUCCCAAAGGAAGACAUGUGUUCCCUUUUACCUUCAAGGUCCCUGACAGAAAAAUGCCGUCUUCCUUCAAGUCAAGCACUAAUAGAAUUGUUCAUGAGGUUAAGGCAGAGCUCAAACAGCCAAUGAAACUGACAAAGGAGGCCAAAGCCCACUUUACAUUUGUCUCCAAAGCCGACUUGGAUAUACACGGACUCAUGGAACCUCAACAUAAUUUCACUGAUAGAAGUCUCAGUACUUGUGGCGUUGGUAGAAUUUCAAUGGAUGUUUACACGAGCCAAGUGGGAUACCAGCAAGGUGAAGAUCUCCAAGUCCAAGUUGAAAUUCACAACCAAUCCUCUCGUACCUUGAAGCCUAAAUUCGUAUUGUACGAAAAGCAGAGUUUCUCUGCUCAAGGUCACAGGAGACUUUACAAAAAUGAGAUUCUUAAGGAGAAAGGGGACCUCGUUGAGGCGCAUAGUAACAAGACUGUGAUGAAUAUAAUCACCAUCCCCAGAGAGCUGCCGACCUCUAUUUUGAAUAGCGCCAUCAUCAAGCUGGAAUACAGGCUGAAGAUCGUCCUGGGAAUCAAAUUUGGAAUCAAUCCAAAGAUCAAACUUCCAAUCGUUGUCCUACCUGCCCUUGAGGUUUCUGACGGAGAACAACCACCAGGUCCUGCAGCUGCCUUCCAACCAACCACCCUGGAGCCAAACACAGGGCAGCUACCCAACCACUGCACUUCCCUCCACCAUAUGAAUGACACACGGUGUAUCCCUCCUUAAAUAAUGCUGAUUAAUAUGGAAAUGUUCUAGAAAUCUCCUUCCACUAGUGAUGUGCGAUGAGCUUCAAGGCAGAUUAGGCACCUUUUUAAAAAAAUUUAAUUCCAUAUGGUCUAAUCAAUGCUUAUACAAGCUGCUUAUUAGUAGGAUAACAAGAGAAUAAUUCACUUUCAUAAAAAUGUAAUCAAAUACGUUGAUUUACUUUAUAAAAUUAAAAACAAUUUCUGGUCU